AUGGAGACACCAAGAACACCGAUGUUGCCCAUCAAUAGAACCCCUCGCAUCCGGAGGACAGGGUUCGAUGCCUUCACCCCGGCCCCCGCAGCGCAACCCCUGUCCUUGUCGAGUGAUCGAGCUCCACCUCCGUCAAAGCCCAUGCCCAGCGCUGGCAAGUCUUCUGGACCACGUCGCAGUCGGAUACCACAACUGGCGCUCGUGAUCAUCCUCGUAUCAGGAACCUUGAUGCUCUUCAGUGGGUCGUCAUCGUCGAACAAAUCGUCGCAAAAGGACUCGCUCUUCUUCUGCCCCCACUCGACAUCGAAGCGCCACACCCCGACCGUGAUCCUGCAGGCUGAUGGAGCGAAUGCUCGGACAGAGAAUCGCACCUACUGGGUCGGAGGCUCCGAUCUGGCAGAGUUCCUGCCUUUCGCGUCCCAGCCGCACGACCUCCGAUUCCUACAAUUGACACGGCCACGACACAUGUAAGGAUGUAUCCUUACACAUGAGUUAAGGUCAAUACACAACCAAAUCUGUUCAUCUUGAUAUUGUAACAUCAACAUAUAACUAUUUCUGAAUGGUGUCUGCAAGGACUACAUGAUAGCAUGUGUAUUGUAAGACUUGUAGUGAUUCAAAAUUUAUGUGUCCUUACCGCACCUCCCGUGUACUUACCGCACCCUCGUAUCCUUACAUGUGUCGACAUGUGUAAGAACACGCCCGCGCGCGCACGUGACAUGCGUAAGGAUACGCUUGCGCGCAAAGAGCACUGGCUGCUGCUGGUGAAUAAUUGA